AUGGCAAUCAAGCGCUACCUCAUGAAGAAGCAUCAAGAAGCAAUUGUGGUUGAGAGCACUCCCACAAAAUUAAGCAUGAAAUGUUGUGCACACGUCCAAGGUUGCCCGUGGAGGAUCAGGGUAAUUAAACCAAUGUAUGGUGAAAAUUGGAAGGUAACAAAAUGGGGUGGGAAUCAUAAUUGCUUGAAUGACCAUCUUUCUCAAGAUCAUCGACAACUUGAUUCUAACGUUAUUGCAGCACUUGUAGUAGAGAUGAUAAAAAAGGAACCUUCAGUGGCCAUUGCGCUCGUUCAGGAGAGGAUAACUCAUUCAUAUGGAUUCAAAGUUUCAUAUAGAAAGGCAUGGUAUGCGAAGCAGAAAGCCAUGGCAAUGUUAUAUGGUGAUUGGGAGGAAUCCUAUGCAUUUUUACCCAGCUGGUGUGAAUAUAUGCUUCGUUUUUCACCAGGUUCCUUUUACAAUAUUCAAACAAAGGAUUGUUUUGUUGCGAGGCAGUUGGUUCCCGGAAAACGUGUAUUUGUUCGUUGUUUCUGGACUUUCAGACAAUGUUGUGAGGCAUUUAAAUUUUGCAAACCAAUGAUACAAAUUGAUGGCACUCAUCUAUACGGAAAAUAUAAGGGAAAGUUGUUGAUUGCCACAGCUCAAGAUGGUAAUAAUGAAUGUGUGUCACUUGCAUUUGCCGUUGUUGAGGGUGAGACGUUGGAGGCUUGGUCAUACUUCCUUGCCAAUCCUCGUCAGCACGUCACACAAGUGCAGAAUAUAUGUCUAAUUUCAGACCGGCAUGUUAGCAUAUUAUCGGCUGUUGAAAAUAAUCCCCUAUGGCAGCCACCCCAUGCAUUUCAUGUGUUUUGCCUGCGACAUGUUGCAAGCAAUUUUAAUCAACGAUUUAGAAAUGACAAAUUGAAGGCUAGCCUGAUGAAUAUAGGAUAUACUCCUUGCAUGGUGGAUUUUGAGAGGUCGCUAGCACGAUUUCGUGACACAAGCAGUAAAUUGGUCCAAUAUUGCGUGGAAAGAGGUCAAUCGGCUUGUAGACAACUUGAAUCUGGUCAUACUUAUUGCAAAAAUGUGAUUGAAUCAUUGACACAUAAUGAAUCAGUGGCAACAAUGCAUACUGUGCGUACAUAUAAUGUUGAUGAAACUAUUUUUGAGGUGGAUGCAGGGUUUGAAAGGACAUAUGUUGUCAACCUUAUUGCUCGUACAUGCCAAUGUGGACAAUUUAAAGCAAUUAAAUAUCCUUGUAGUCACGCCGUUGCUGCAGCGUUAUCCAUUCGUCGGAAUUAUCGACAAUAUAUAGAUGAUGUUUUCAAGACGUCAAACUUGGUAAAGGCGUACUCAUUUCCAUGGGAACCAAUCGGCAAUGAGCAAGCAAUUCCACCCAAUGCAGGUCCUGUGGUAAUACCGGAUAAAAAUAUGUUGCGAGCAAAAGGUCGUCUAAAGUCUACAAGAAUACGGAACGAGAUGGAUGAGGUUGAAACUAUUACAUCACGCAGGUUAUGUGGUCUUUGUAAGCAACACAGGCACAAUCGUAGGUCGUGUCCUAACCGUGGAAAUAAUGCAUGA